AUUUGUUUCACUUGCCUUAAUUCCUCUCCUGCGGGCGCCAGCGUAUAAAAGGGAGGGGUGCUCCCAGGCCGCUCACACUCUUGAGUGAGGCUCGGCGUAAGCAUCAGCAAUCAUGUCUAGUGACAAAUCCAAAUCCUCUUCCCAGACUGAUGGGAAGGCUGCUCAGAGCAAGAAGUCAGAGUUCGGCCUGACUUCCUACAAGAUGUUGGUGUUCGACCAGGAGAACUUCCAGGGCCGCAUGAUCGAGAUCAGCAGCGAGGUGAUGAACAUCUGUGAGCUGGGCAUGGAACGCGUGCGCUCUCUCCGUGUGGAAAGCGGGCCAUUCGUGGGCUUUGAGCAGAUAAAUCUCUGCGGUGAGAUGUACAUCCUGGAGAAGGGCGAGUAUCCUCGCUGGGACUCCUGGAGCAACUGUCAGAAGAAUGACUACCUACUGUCCUUCAGGCCUGUUCGAAUGGACCCUGAUAAGCACAAGAUCUGCCUGCAUGAAGUGGGAGAGUUCAAGGGCCGCAAGAUGGAGAUCAUGGACGAUGACGUCCCCAGCCUUUUCUCCUACGGAUUCACCGACAGAGUGGGCAGCAUCAUCGUCAGCUGCGGAACCUUUGUGGGUUACCAGUUCCCCGGCUACCGUGGUAGUCAGUACCUGCUGGAGAAGGGCGAGUUCAGGCAUUUCAACGAGUACGGCGCCCGCACCCCUCAGCUGCAGUCUGUGCGCCGUAUCCGCGACAUGCAGUGGCACCAACAAGGCUGCUACACCCUGGCCAGCAAGUGAGGCUCGGGAAAGGAGAGAAAGAGAAAGAGCGGAAGUGAGGGAGAGGGGCGCAAGAAGAGGGGAAGGGGAAGAGACGUCUAAGGCCUUACCUGAUCACGGCCGAAAAGCAGUGAGGGUCUCCUUGACCUGGACCUCAUCUCGUGGACAGGAUAUCCAUUCCUCACUGUCCAUUUUUCUCUUUCUCCCCUAUGGGCUGAGCUUAGUUUCUCCCUUUUCUCCCCCCCCCCCCCCCUUUUUUUUUUUUUUUUUUUAAGUUUUAGUCCCUAUCUUCAUUCUCCUACAAAGGUCUGAAGAAGGAACAAGACACCUAUUGCAAUUUUACACAAGAUUCGUGAUUCAGGGUACAAUGCACUAUGGGAAAAAGAGUCUUUAGCACCUCCUGCUCUGGCCCCUGUGUAUUGCACAUACACUCUGCUGUACAGAAUCCUGGCCAAGUUUUCAAUAAAAACAACAAUUGUUUCAAAGAUGUUGAUGUCAGGUGACUUACUACGUGAAAACCAUAUAACAGCUUGUCAUGAAUUUAAAUAGCCAAUGCUGGGCAACGCUGUUGAUUUCGAAACAAUUCAGAAACCAUUGUAGCGCUGUGUGAUGCCAAUUGGAUGAUCUGUUUUUGAAUCAAAUAUUUGCUUAAUAUGCAUGAUCCAAAUCAUACCUUUUAACAUCAAAGGUUGGUCUAUUGGAGUAAAAAGAUAAUAAAGUGAGUAAAAUUACA